GUAGAUAGACACAUGUGAAGUCAGAUGCUUUGAAAUGUCAGCAUUAUGCCUACGAGCAAGGCGACGCGGCCCAGUAGCGGCCCGCCUUCGCGGUCGUACUGGUAACCGGCGCGCAACGAUGUAUGUGCGUACCCCAACUCGCUCAAGUCGACAGUCACUGUUUCUGCAAACCUUAGACCAGCCAGCUUGCCUGACCCGUUGGCAAGUGGUUACCCCCGCGCGUCUCCCCCUCGCGUUGGACGUCUUUGGCAAUCUGCGCUAAAACAGCCUGCGACAAGUAUCGUAGUGGUCAGCCCGAGGAGCAUACUGUUACGAUAAGGUACAUAAAAGAGGAGAGAAAUUCGCCGCGGCGCGAGGUCAUAGGCGUGUGAACAUACGGUGUGUCGCGAUUACGUUGCGCCUCGCUGACGCUUACGGGUCGAAUGUCCAGCGGGCUCUCAACGAAGCGAUAUGUAGAUUCAUCAUACAUGGGCCGUUCUGGAGCUCUCAACGGUGCCAUAAUCAGCCUUGGAAUAUCCGUUUCCGUUUGGCUGAAGAUGAAAAGCUCUCAUCGGGCCCUGUGGGCCUCUGCCGUGUUGGCCAUGGCGGUGCUCGCGUGCGUUGUGCCAACAGCGGAUGCUGCGAAAAAGUCGCCCCCACCUGCGGAUGCGCCACCGCCGGACAGCGGCCAGUACCCCCCGCCCACUGACUGGGUGACUUGGCCGCCGCCGGUGGAGGAGCACGGACAUCACUCGCCCUCGCCCUCGCCGGAGGAUUCGCCGUCCUCAACGCCCAUCCCGACGCCAGACAUCUUGGAAAACCGCGACCUGCCCUCUCCCUCGCCUGAGGCGGAAGACUCGCCGUCUCCUUCGCCUGACCUUGAGGACUCGCCUUCCCCCUCUCCUGAGCCUGAGGUGGAGUCCCCGUCCCCGGAGACUGAGACUGAGUCCCCGUCUCCCUCGCCCGAGCCUGAGGUUGAGGACUCCCCCUCUCCCUCGCCUGAGCCUGAGGUUGAGGACUCCCCCUCUCCCUCGCCUGAGCCCAUGGACGAAUCCCCGGCGCCAGAGCCGUCCCCCGAGCCCGUUCCCAGCCCCGAGACCCCCUCGCCCGCGCCGUACUACGGCGCCUACCCCUCCCCCUCCCCCUAUUACGGCGGCUACGGCAACUACGGCCCCAGCGUGCCAACGUACGGCAGCAGCCCCUCGCCCGCGCCUUCGCCGUACGGCGGCUACGGCGGUUACGGCGGUUACGGCGGUUACGGCGGUUACGGGUCGUAUGGCGAUGAUGAUGAGGAGGAGGAGGACCCCAUGUCUGCCGCGCGCCGCCUGAUGCUGGAUGUGCCUAACCAGGGUGCGGGGCGGCAGCUGUCUGGUGAUGCCGUUGACCUGCUGGCAGGCGGGGAGGAGGCGGAGCUGGAGGAGCGUUCCACUCGCGUCAGCCGCCGCCUGCUGCGCAUCUAGUAGACCCGUGCGCCACAUGGGUAGAGCAGCUCUCCGGCGCCGUCAAUGCGCUGGAAUGCGCACUCAGGCCGGAGCUGGCGGCGGCAGCGUGCGUGUUGCGUGCGCGCCGCCGGUGGGCUGUGGCGAAUGUGCGGCAGCAUACGGACUCCGUCAGGAACAGCAAGGACAGCCCCGGCCCAGGGUCUGGGAAACGGAAACCCUCUAAAACCAGGUCCUGUUAUGCGGUUGUGGAAUGACCAACGCAAGGAUGGACGCGGCUGUAUGGCUAGACAGGAACUACCGAGACCGGAGCGAGCAGGAGUGCUUAGUGCUUAGGCAGGUGUGUGACUCAGUCUUUUGUGACGUUGCUCAACUGUAGUUAGUGACGCCAUGUAUGGUAUUACGUUCAUGGACGAUUGAUUCAAACCCGUAACCGUGUGACGUUGACUAAGUUCGUGUGCGUGUGCGUGCGCGUCGCGACUGUGACUGCUAUUAUGAUUUACUGCAAGGGGCCAACAGCAGGGGAAAUGGGCACGCAGGGCGGCUUUGCGGCUUUUGGCUAGCUACUAUAUGGCAGGAUUGCGCUUGCUUGAUAACGCGUUGAUUGCACGCGUGAGGUUGGCGGCUGGCUAGCUGUGUGAAGAUUGCGCACACUUUGGCGGCAAUUGGCAGUGCUACAAAAGGAAGCAGGUAGUGACCAGGGCUGUGCAGGUGACUUUUGGGAGUUGUAUUGUCAGUGCUGUUUAGGGCAGCAGCGCGGCUACCCGUCAGGGCGUGGAUUCCCUAGGUAGGACAGAAGGCAGCCAGGCCUGGAAUAACCGCGCCAAAGGACAGAGGCAACCUGCUCCAGGUACUAGUGCACGUGAACACACACAUGUUCGUAUUGCAAUUGCAGCGGGCCGGAUGAGCCUGAGCACCCCUGAGCCUGAGCACCCCUGAGCCUGAGCUCGCGACCCGAAGUCGUGUAACACAUGCCGAGC